AUGAAUCAUCACAACAACUUGCGGAGGAAUGCUCCGCGAGAGUCCUCACUGUUAGAGAUUCCCCUGCAUCCACGGUUGCCCCGCGAGGGAAUCCUGAAAACGCAGAUGGAUCCAUCCAAUCCAUUAGUCGCACUCUGUGAUGACGCCAAGAAGGACAAAGCCACACCACUUGGUCUAUUGACCAGCAUCGUUGGAGAAGUUGAAGGGAAGUCAUCAACUGAGCCGACUGCGAACAUGGAAAUUCCAUAG